UCCUCCCUUUCACAAUUUUGUCCCUUCUUUUGCCUUCAAUCUUCAUAUCCAAGAACAUGAUCCAAGGCUCGCUAAUCAACGUUGUUAUCAUGCUGCUAGUGCCUUGGUGAAGACCCCAGGUAAUGCAUACAAAGAGGAACACUAGUGAAUGUUGUUAACUUGUUAUUGCAACAACCAAAUAGGAAGAAGAAGAAGAAGAAAUGGGAGAUAAAAACAAUACAGAUAAUUAUAUAGUGUGUUACGCACCAACAAUGAUAACAACAAAUGGGAUAUGGCAAGGAGAUAACCCUCUGGAUUAUUCUCUCCCUCUCUUCUUAUUGCAGUUAACUUUGGUGGUUAUCGCCACCCGAAUAUUCGUCUUCAUCCUCAGGCCAUUUCGCCAGCCACGCGUGAUCGCCGAAGUCUUGGGUGGAGUAAUGUUGGGUCCUUCAAUGCUUGGGAGAUACGAAACAUUUGCCAAUGCAGUGUUUCCUCUGAGAAGUGUUAUGGUGAUUGAAACAAUGGCAAAUGUUGGGCUUCUUUAUUUUCUCUUCUUGGUAGGGGUGGAGAUGGAUGUAGGAAUGUUGCGAACCACAGGGAAGAAGGUUGUGUCUCUUGCAGUUGCCGGCAUGGUCUUGCCUUUUGUUAUAGGAACCGCAUUCUCCUACCUUUUGCAUAGAGAUUAUGAACAAGGCAUGACUCAAGGCACCUAUAUACUGUUCCUUGGUGUUGCUCUCUCUAUCACUGCAUUUCCUGUUCUUGCCCGUAUACUCGCAGAGCUCAAACUCAUUAACACCGAGUUAGGUAGGCUUGCACUUUCUUCAGCACUCAUCAAUGAUGUGUGUGCUUGGAUACUCUUAGCAUUAGCCAUAGCACUUGCAGAGAAUGAAACAACAAACAUUGCUUCCCUUUGGGUUCUGUUGUCAAGUGUAGCCUUUGUGGCCUUUUGUGCUUACGCCGUCCGGCCGGGAGCCAUAUGGAUUGUCAAGAAAACCCCUGAAGGAGAAUCAUUCAGUGAGUUUCAUAUAUCCCUCAUACUUGCAGGGGUUAUGAUCUCGGGUUUCAUCACAGAUGCCAUUGGAACUCAUUCUGUUUUCGGCGCAUUUGUGUUUGGUUUGGCAAUCCCAAGUGGACCACUUGGUGUUGCUCUGGUGGACAAGCUUGAGGAUUUUGUUUCAGGACUUUUGCUCCCUCUGUUUUUCGCCAGUAGUGGGCUAAAAACUAACUUAAGACUUGUCAGAGGAUCAUACACCUGGGCAAUUCUCAUUCUUGUCAUUUUCUUAGCUUGCAUUGGCAAGGUUAUUGGAACUUUAAUGGUUGCAUUCUUUUAUCAAAUUCCAAUACGUGAAGGGGCUGCCCUCGGCUUACUCAUGAACUCAAAAGGCCUAGUUGAAAUGAUUGUGCUAAAUGUUGGAAAGGAGCAGAAGGUUUUGGAUGAAGAAUCGUUUGCGAUCAUGGUUAUCAUAACUGUAGUAAUGACUGCAAUUAUUGUGCCUUCUGUAUCAUUCCUUUACAAACCAUCAAGAAGAUCCGUAAAUUACAAAAAAAGAACUAUUCAAAUAGCUAAAUCAGAUGCAGAGUUUAGAGUACUAGUGUGUGUUCAUACCCCUCGGAAUGUGCCAACUAUGAUCAACCUCCUUGAAGCUUCUAAUCCAACAAAGAAGUCACCAAUAUGUGUCUAUGUUCUCCAUCUUGUUGAACUUAGUGGUCGCACUUCCGCAAUGCUCAUAGUUCACAACACAAGAAAGCAGGGUUAUCCUGCACUUAACAAGACCGAAGCUCAAUCCGACCACAUAAUCAAUGCCUUUGAAAACUUUCAGCACCAUGCUUCUUUUGUUUCUGUCCACCCCUUAACAGCAAUCUCCCCUUAUUCCACUAUGCAUGAAGAUAUAUGCCAUUUGGCAGAGGACAAACGCAUUGCCUUCAUAAUCCUUCCUUUCCAUAAGCAACAAACAGUUGAUGGAGGGAUGGAAGCCACAAACAUGGCAUUCCGCACCAUCAACCAAAAUGUACUAGCAAAUGCACCAUGCUCAGUGGGAAUUCUAGUUGAUAGAGGCUUAAACGGCUCUAAUCGCUUGGCCGCGAAUCAAGUAUCUUAUCAUGUAGCCAUACUAUUUUUCGGAGGACCAGAUGAUAGAGAGGCUUUGUGUUAUGGAUGGAGAAUGCUAGAGCAUUCAAGAAUAUGCCUUACAAUAGUGCGCUUUGUCCAAGGGAAACAAGUAUCCGGCCAUAUUAGGAGGCCUAGCAUAGGCACAAGCGAACCGAGUGUACUAACAGUGGAAACAGAGAAAGAUAUUCAAAGACAGCUUGACGAAAAUCUUUUGCAUGAUUUUAGAAUGAGAUUUCAAGAAGACGUUUCGGUCGAUUACUUUGAGAAAGUGGUUAACAACGGUGAGGAGACAGUGGCGGCUAUAAGGACAAUGGAUGACAUCCAUGACCUCUUCAUUGUUGGGAGAGGUCAAGGGAUAAUAUCACCACUCACAGCAGGACUCACUGAUUGGAGUGAGUGUCCUGAGAUUGGAGCAAUUGGGGACCUAUUAGCUUCCACAGAUUUUGCAGCCACAGCUUCAGUGUUGGUGGUGCAACAAUAUAUAGGACCAAGUUUACAUGGAGAAGUGCUAGAAACACCAGAUAGUACAGCACCUAUGAACGAAGAAUAUUUCAAUGAGAUUAAUAAUCAUGAACAACCACUAAACCCAAAGGGAAAAUGUGUCUUCAACAUGGAAAACUUGUGAGUAGCAUAUUGUUUUGGUGCCUUAACAUUAGUCCCUAGUACAUCAUUUCAGAU